GCCUGCCAAGGAAAGCCUAGUUGGACUGGAGAUCCUGGAGUCCCAGAAGAAGCAACUGCCAUGCUUCUCCUCCCUCUCUCCAUGCUGAUCCUGCUCACACAGCCCCUGAGGUCACUGGGAGCAGAAAUGAAGACCUAUUCCCAGAGAGCAGCGGCCAGCACCUGCACCCUGAUCAUGUGUAACCCCGUGGAGAAUGGCCUGCCCGGUCGUGAUGGACGGGAUGGAAGAGAGGGCCCCCGGGGCGAGAAGGGGGAUCCAGGUUUGCCAGGAGCUGUAGGGAGAGCCGGGAUGCCUGGACCAGCUGGCCUAGUUGGGCCCAAAGGGGACAAUGGCUCUGCGGGAGAGCCUGGACCAAAGGGAGACUCCGGACCAUCUGGACCUCCGGGACCUCGAGGCAUGCCUGGUUCAGCUGGCAGAGAGGGUCCAUCAGGGAAGCAAGGGAACGUAGGACCUCAAGGCCCACCUGGCCCUAAAGGAGAGGCCGGGCCCAAAGGAGAAGCGGGUGUGGCCGGCAAGCCGGGCUCUGCGGGGACACAAGGUCCCACAGGUGUUAAAGGAGAGAGAGGUGCCCCGGGUGAGCACGGAGCCCCUGGGAGUGCUGGGGCAGCAGGACCUGCUGGAGCCAUGGGUCCACCGGGACCUCCAGGUGCCAUAGGGCCCCCGGGACUGAAGGGGGACAGAGGUGCUCCUGGGAACAAAGGAGAGAAGGGAGAGAGUGGGCUUCCGGACAUCACUGCUCUGAGGCGGCAGGUGGAGGCCUUGCACGGACAGGUACAACACCUCCAGAAUGCCUUCUCUCAGUAUAGGAAAGUGGAGCUCUUCCCCAACGGCCGAGCUGUUGGGGAGAAGAUCUUCAAGACAGCGGGUUUUGAAAAGACUUUUGAGGACGCGCAGCAGGUGUGUAUGCAGGCGGGGGGACAGAUGGCCUCCCCACGCUCUGCAGCCGAGAACGAGGCCCUGCAGGAGCUGGCCACUGUUCAGAACAAGCCUGCUUUCCUGAGCAUGACCGACAUCAAGACAGAGGGCAAUUUCACCUACCCCACCGGGGAGCCCCUGGUCUAUUCCAACUGGGCCCCGGGGGAACCCAACAACAAUGGCGGCUCAGAGAACUGUGUGGAGAUCUUUACCAACGGCAAGUGGAACGACAAGGUCUGCAGGGAGCCGCGCCUGGUGGUCUGCGAGUUCUGA